AUGAAGUCAAGACAUUUACGGUCAAUUUCUGGGCUUUUGCUGGGUGGGACGGGGGUUUUGGCUUCGAAUUCAUGCUCGGGAAACCUGAGGAUAUCUUCCCAAUCCGACGCCGACGCCCUCAAGGACUGUGAAACCAUCAACGGCCCGGUCACUGUCUCCUCCUCCUCCAGCGGUACCAUCAAUAUCCCCGAACUCCAAGACGUUAGAGGCCCGUUCACGGUCGAGGGAUCGUCAAAUCUCAAUGCCGUCACCGCGAGCAAUUUGCAAUCCGUCAGUGGGCCACUCACGAUCAGCGGUAAUGGGGCGCUGAACAGUAUUUCAAUGUCGAAUUUGCAGACUGUCGGGGGUGAGCUGAAGGUUCAGGGGAAUGAGGGGUUGAAGGAGCUGAAGUUGGAUAAUUUGGAGAGGGUUAAUGGGGAUUUGACCCUGGAUGGGGACUUCGACCGGAUAUCGCUUGGGAAUCUGGACAAUGUCUACGGCAAAACAAGUAUUCAGAGCUCGGGCUCGUUUCAGUGCUCGAGUCUGGAUGAGCUUAAGUCGGACAAUGGAGCGUUCAGGGGCUCGUUCUCUUGCAAUGAAAAAGGGUCGGGGCUUAGCUCCGGCGCGAAGGCCGGUAUCGCUAUCGGUGUCAUACUCGGUGUUAUUCUCCUCGCGCUCCUCAUCUGGCUCUGCAUACGUCGAAAAAGGAAACAAAAACGGAAGGAUGCAGCCCUCGCUGGCCUCACUGCUGCUGGCGCCGCAGGGGCGGUAGGGAAGGAUGUCGAGAAAGCUGAGAAUAAAGUGCCUGCUGCUGUCUCCAAUAGUUCCCCGUCCAGCCAUGAGCCACCAAGUCCGCCGUCUGAUACCGAGGUGGUGGCGGCGAGUAAUAUACCCAGAAAGCCUCUUUCUCCACCCCCGCCAGCAUCGGUACCUGCAGCGUUGGUGCCUGGCGAUCGGUCUUCGAGGGUUCUUUCCAACCCGGAUGACCCAUCGUUGUUUCUGCAGGCGAUGCCGAGGCGGAGACCUUCAGAGUCGGAGGUCCCCAUGUUGGAUAGCGAGAACGUGCAUGAGGCGCCGGCGCCUGAAGUUGGGAGGCAACAGGAGGGGUUGUUUGAGCUGGAUGCUGGGCCUGUGAGUGGUAGGCAUCAGCAGGCUAUACAUCAUGAUUGA